AUGCUGCUCGGAGCGUCCUGGCUGUGCGCGUCCAAGGCGGCCGCCGCUGCUGCGCAAAGCGAGGGCGACGAGGACAGGCCCGGAGAGCGGCGGCGGCGGCGGGGGGCGGCCUCAGGGACGGGAGAGGACAUGGACGAGUCGUCGCUGCUGGACCUACUGGAGUGCUCCGUAUGCCUGGAGCGUCUAGACACCACGGCCAAGGUGCUGCCAUGCCAGCACACCUUUUGCCGCCGCUGCCUGGAGAGCAUCGUGUGCUCGCGCCACGAGCUUCGCUGCCCGGAGUGUCGCAUCCUGGUGGGCUGCGGCGUGGACGAGCUGCCCGCCAACAUCCUGCUGGUGCGCCUGCUGGACGGCAUCCGCCAGCGGCCCCGUGCGGGCGCCAGUCCUGGCGGGAGCCCGCCUGCGCGCCUCGGCCCGGGCGGCAGCCCGCCUGCGCGCCCUGGCUCCAGUGCGUCCACCGCACUCGCUGGCGGCGGGGGCGGCGCGGUGGGCAGCGCCCCGGGCUCCCCUGUCUUCCUCUCCGCGGCGGCGGGCAACGCCACCGCCAGCCUGUGCGACCUGGCUACUAACAGGGGCGCUCCAGUGGCAAAGAACCUAUCCCAGCUGCCCUACGGCAAGGCCCUGUACAGCUAUGAGGGAAAAGAACCUGGUGACCUGAAGUUCAACAAGGGGGACAUCAUCAUCCUGCGGCGCAAGGUGGAUGAGAACUGGUACCACGGGGAGCUGCACGGCACACACGGCUUCCUGCCAGCCAGCUACAUUCAGUGUGUCCGGCCCUUGCCGCAGGCCCCGCCCCAGGGCAAGGCACUUUAUGAUUUCGAGAUGAAGGACAGAGACCAAGACAAGGACUGUCUGACCUUCACCAAGGAUGAAGUUUUGACCGUGAUCCGAAGAGUGGACGAUAACUGGGCCGAAGGCAUGCUGGGAGACAAGAUUGGGAUCUUCCCCCUGUUGUACGUGGAGCUCAACGACUCAGCCAAGCAACUCAUUGAGAUGGACAAGCCGUGCCCCACUGCUGCUGCUGCCACCGCAUCCGGCUGUGACUCUCCCUUGCUCUCUGAUCCUGGCGCAGGGGCCAGCAUGGCCCCGGGCCCCACUCUAAGCAGCUCAGGGGCGGUUAGUGCCUUUCAGCGGCGUGUGGACGGCAAGAAGAAUGCCAAGAAACGCCACUCCUUCACCGCACUCAGUGUGACGCACAAGUCCUCGCAGGCUGCUAGCCACAGGCAUUCCAUGGAAAUCAGCGCUCCGGUUCUGAUCAGCUCCAGCGACCCCCGCGCUGCAGCCAGGAUCGGGGAGCUCGCUCAUCUGUCAUGCGCUGCACCCACCCAGGACUCUUCCUCAGCUGGACCCAUCCCAACGGCUGUCCCACGAACUGCUGCAGUGGCUGGAGAGCAGGGCACAUCUCCCAAAGUCCAGCUGCCACUCAACGUGUAUCUGGCGCUCUAUGCCUAUAAGCCCCAGAAGAAUGACGAGUUGGAGCUGCGCAAGGGGGAGAUGUACCGGGUGCUUGAGAAGUGCCAGGACGGCUGGUUCAAGGGGGCGUCACUGAGGACUGGGGUCUCUGGGGUGUUUCCUGGAAACUAUGUGACACCAGUCUCCAGGGUUCCUGGAGGAGGGGCUGGGCCACCCCGAAAUAAUGUGCUUGGAGGAUCUCCAUUGGCCAAAGGGAUGACCACCACCAUGCAUCCUGGUGGUGGAAGUCUGAGCAGCCCAGCCACUGCCACCAGGCCGGCCCUGCCCCUCACCACACCGCAGCACCUGGCAGGCUCCCCACCGACAGGCAGCUGUCUGCGGCAUGCAGCUCAGCCGGCUGCCAGCCAGGCCCGGGCCACCAUCCCAACAGCUGCCCACCCCUCAGCCCAGGCCCAGGACCGACCUACUGCCACCGUGUCACCCCUGCGCACUCAGAGCUCUCCAUCCCGCCUGCCCGCCACCAGCCUCAGGCCCCGCACGGUGGUGUCCCCACAGCACAGCCAGCAGCCCCCGAUGCAGAUGUGCCCUCGGCCGGCCAUCCCGCUCACGUCAGCAGCAUCAGCCAUCACACCUCCCAACGUUAGCGCCGCCAACCUCAACGGGGAGGCAGGAGGAGGGCCCAUCUGUGGCCUGUCCACGUCCAGCCCUACCAACACAGGAUGCAAGCCAGAUGACAAGAAAAAUGAAAAGAAAGAGAAGAAGAGUGGGCUGCUGAAACUUCUAGCUGGGGCAUCCACCAAGAAGAAGUCGCGCUCCCCGCCAUCCAUCUCUCCAACCCAUGACCCUCAGAUGGCUUUGGACACCUCACUCCAGGGCGCCAUGGGCCCCGAAGUAUCCUCGCUGUCCAUCCAUGGCAGGGCAGGCUCCUGCCCCAUAGAGAGCGAGAUGCAGGGAGCCAUGGGGCUAGAGCCACUGCACAGGAAAGCCGGCUCCUUGGAUCUGAACUUCUCCUUGUCCCCUUCCCGGCAAGCAUCUCUUUCCAUGGCUGCCAUCCGUCCUGAGCCUAAGCCAUUGCCUAGAGAGAGGUACCGCGUGGUGGUCUCCUACCCACCCCAGAGCGAGGCGGAGAUAGAGCUGAAGGAAGGUGACAUUGUCUUCGUCCACAAGAAGCGCGAGGACGGCUGGUACAAGGGGACCUUGCAGCGGAACGGCCGCACGGGCCUCUUCCCGGGCAGCUUCGUGGAGAGCUUCUGA